UAUAUAUGCCUCCUAAAGCUCCUCCUCCAAAAAAAUUGACGAAAAAAGAAUUAAAGGAAAAAGCUGAAUAAGAAAAGAAAGAAAGAGAAGAAUAAGAGAGAAUUCGAAAAGAAGCUGAAGAAAAAUAAAGAUAAGAAGAAGAACGGUUACGGAAAUUAGAAGAAGAAAGAUUGGCUGCAGAAGAAAAAGCAAGACUUCAAGAAGAGGAAAUAGAGAAUGAAGUUUAAAGAAGUGUUUUCAAAGAAAAUUUAGAUAAUGCAAAGAAAGUAAUUAUAUUAGUAUAUUCCAAUAUUUUUAGGUAGCUAAAGCAAAUGAUGAUUGGGAUAAGUUUUUAUUAUGUUCAAUAAAACCUGAUAUAACUUAGGAGGCUUAAUUAACAACGUUUAUAACUAUGCAAAAAGAACAAAAGAUAGUCACUGAGUUAAAAGUGGCUGAAGAACUCCAAAAAUUAUAAUCAGCAGAAAAUAUUGAAAGAGAUAUUCAUAGAUUUUUAACUUAAUUAAAGGCAGAAAGAAAACUAUAAUAAAACCAAUAAUAAUUAUAAUAGUAACAAUAGCAAUAAAUAUUUUAAAAUGACACUGUGGCUAGAAAUAAAAUGUAUAUUACUUAGAUUAGAGAAAUAAUGAUUAAAAAACUAGAAGAGAUAAAUACAUAAAUGGUAUUAAAUGCUGAAUUAUUCAUUGAUGUAAAAAAUAUAUAUUAAUUAAAGGAAAAAUUUGCAGAAUUAACUAAAAAAGCAAAUGAAGGAGCAAAGGGAACAUUCAAAUUAGAUGAUAAAACUAAACAAGAAGUAAUCAAGACCUUUCCACCAACUGAAGAUUUUAAAUAUGGUAUAUUCAUUUAUCCAUCAAAUAAACCAUCUGGUUAUAGACAUAAACCAAAUGAAUAUCCAGAAUUAUAAUUAGCAGUUGAUGUUCCUAGAUCAAUAUCUCUGUUUCUUCAAAAAAUAUUAUGGACAUCAUUUGAUAAUUAUUCACCUGAUGUUUAUAGUAAAUUUAGGAUUGUUGGAGGUGUUUUGGAUAUUGAGUAUUUAUAAAUGCUCCCUCCACCAAAGAAAGUCAAUACUUGGACAUUAAAAUCAAAUUAUGAAUUGAAAGAAACUGUCAAAAGAUUAGCUUUUGAAUUACCUGCUGCAUUUAAGGUAUAUAAUUAUCUAAUUUUGAGGUUUCAUAUUAACUUCCAUCUUAUAUUUGGAUUCCAAACAAGGAAAAUUAAAAAAUAUGGAGAGUAGCAUUUUUUGAUCGUGUUACAGAAUAAUGGAUUACAGAUGGAGUAGAAGAUGCUAAAUUGGAUAAAGGAACUAAUAUUGUUGCAAGUGUUCCUAAACUAGGUCCUGUUGGAUUAUUACAAGAAAGAUGUUUGGAUUAUCCAUAUAAGAGUUUUAAAUUGAGAUGUGUUGGAAAUGAAAAAGCUAUUUUAGAUAUCUAAGGUGCUAGAGAUUUAUUUAAAUUUGAGAUUGGUCCAGGAUAUAUUCAAUUAUUAAAGAAAGACCCAGUAUUUAUAAAAAUAUAUAAUAGGAAUUCUAACACUUUGCAUACAAAAAGCUUUAAGUUGGGGCAUUAUUUUAUGAAUUAUAUAGAAGUGGUGUUAAUUUUAUUCCUGUUAUUGAAGAUGCUUAAUCAGCUAAUAUUAUUUAAAAGGAUGAGGGUGCAGAAGAAUUAGCAUUAAAUGAUUUAUCAGAAGCAGUUAGAGGAUUUUAUAUUGAAUCAAGUAGAUGGAAUAAUAGUGAUACAGGUCCAUAAAUAGUAGUAAAGCUAAAAGAAAAUCCUGAAUUUGAUGAGGUUUUUAGCUAUUUUUAAAUAAUUUUAGGAAUUUGCAGAAAAUUAAGAAAAAGAUUGGAAGACCAUAAAGUGGUGGAAUAAUAAAUGUGCUAUAAUUUAAGCAAGAGAUUCACAUUAAAAGUGUAAUUAAGCUCUCUUACCAGAUACUGAAACUCAUUGUAAUUUAGAAGUUUUAUUGAAAAUGCAUUCAUUAACUACUUAAGAGACUCUAGCAAAGAUGAAAGUAAUAAUAUUAUAAUAUAUAUUAGGACUUGCAUUAUGUUAUUUUUAUUGAAACCAUUUAAUAAGUAUUAAGAAUAACUAAAUUAUUAUCAUUUACAGUAAGAGAUUGA